AUGUUGUGGCAUGGCCCUGCUUGGUUGCGUGGUCCACGGGACCCAGUCCUUGAGAAUGACCUGGAGAAGCGAGCCGUCAAGGUGCACCGUGCCACCGGCAGCGCCUCGGAUAUCCUCAGCAGGUUCUCCGAACUCGGACGAGCUCUGCGCGUGAAUGCCUACGUUCGGCGGUUCAUCCAGCGUGUCAGCGGGCAGUCAACGCCAACCCUUGUCUCCAAGGAGUUAAACGGAAAGGAGGUCGCUGCAGCUCUCCAAGCUGUCACCAUAACGACCCAACGCGUCCAUUAUGCGGGGGAGCAUCGGUGCCUGGUAAACAAGCAGCCACUCCCGACUACGAGUUCUCUUCAAAAUCAUAAUCCGUUCCUUGACCAGAAUGGAGUCAUGCGGGCAUCUGGACGAGUCCAAGCCUCAGCGUCCAUGUCCUGCAAUGAACGGCAUCCAAUCCUGUUGCCACCCGCAUGUCUCCUGGUUGGCCUGCUGGUUCGAUUCACCCAUCACAUAGCCCUGCAUGGUGGGAACCAGCUGGUCAUCCGCCUUAUCCGGGCAACAUACUGGAUCCCUCGACUACGUCACGUAGUGAGGGCAGUGAUCCACACCUGUAAGGUUUGCGUCAUCCAUCGUAAACGACUCCAAACCCAACUGAUGGCAACCUUCCUGCCUCACGAGUCACAUUUUCCAGGCCGUUCACAUACACCGGAGCCGGUCCCUUCGACGUUAAAAGUUUCACAGGGCGCGUGUCGCAUCUCAAAGGGGUAUGUGUGCGAGUUCGUCUGUUUUGGCACGAAGGCCAUCCCCUUAGAGGCCACGUCCGAUUUAUCCACCGACACCUUCCUAGCCGCCUUCGCUCGUUUCAUCGUGAGACGAGGUUGUCCUCACGAAGUUCAAUCCGACAACGGCAGGAAUUUUGUCGGCGCAUCCCGCUCUCUGGCUGCGGAUCUUCUCGAGGCCAUUCGCACUCGGACUUCUGCGGUGUACAGCCAGCAGAGGCUAUCGUGGCGUUUUAUCCCUCCAGGAGCCCCAGAUAUGGGGGGCUUCUGGGCAGCGGGUGUGAAGAGCUUCAAGGCUCUGUUCCAACGGUCGAUGUGUUCGUCCAAAUACACAUUAGAGGAGUUCGUGACCUUACUUUCGAAAAUUGAGGCAUGUCUUAACUCGCGACCAAUCUCUCCUAUGUCUGAGGAUCCAACGAAUCCGUUGGCUUUGAGCCCAGGCCAUUUCCUGAUUGCGGUGAGAAGAGACUCCGAGCCGUUCAAGUUGCCCACCACCUGCAUCGGGGAUGAGAAGGUGUGUACCGCAAUGACCCGGGCUAAAACGGUAGACUUCCAAGUGGAGGCACUCUUCAAGAUCGAGCCCCGUCUGCGCGUCCGUACGCCGUACGUUCACUGA